AUGUUUGGUGGUUACUCACCACAGCUGAUUUUAUAUACAUCUUUCUGUAUCUUGUCUACAGGAAAUGUGAGGCUCGUAGGUGGUAGUAAUUCGUGUGCUGGUAGAGUGGAGGUUUAUUAUAAAAAAGAAUGGGGAACCGUAUGUGAUGAUUAUUGGGAUUUGACAAACACUGCAGUGGUGUGUAGAGAGCUGGGAUGUGACUAUUCUUCAAAUACAUUACGUGUUGCUUACUUUGGACCAGGAUCAGGAAAAAUCUGGAUUGAUAAUGUGUCGUGUGGAGGAUCAGAGUCCUCGGUAUUUAAAUGCCCAAGAAGAAAAAUUGGUGAACAUGACUGUGAACAUAGUGAAGAUGUUGGUGUUAUUUGCUCAGGAAUCAGGCUGGUUGGAGGCUCUCGCUGCUCUGGGAGGUUAGAGGUGCCUCGUGGGAACACAUGGAACACAGUGUGUGACGCUGCCUUUGACCAGCAGGAUGCAGAGGUUGUGUGUAGAGAGCUGGACUGUGGGGCUCCUGUACAGGUGCUGGGAGCAGCUGCUUUUGACAAAGGAGACACUCAGAUGUGGACACAAGAGAUUCAGUGCAGAGGAGAUGAGUAUCAGUUUGCUUUCUGUCCAGUAUCAUCUUCAAGCUGCAAUUGUUCCCAUAACAAUGAUGUUGGACUUAUGUGUUCUGAAACAUUAAGAUUAGUGGGUGGUGGCAGUUCCUGUGCUGGUAGAGUAGAGGUUCUUCAUGAUGGUCGUUGGGGAACAGUAAGUGAUUCUGAUUGGGAUCUGGCUGAUGCUGCAGUGGUGUGUAGAGAGCUGGGCUGUGGAGAGGCUGUUGCUGCACCUAAGCAUGCCCACUUUGGCCAGGGGAAAGGACCAAUCUGGAUUAGAAAUGUGCGGUGUACUGGAGUAGAGUCUGCACUGAAAGACUGUGGAUCACAUGAUUGGGGAAAACAUAAGGCUAAUCAUGCUGAGGAUGCUGGGGUCAUCUGCUCUGGAAUUAGGCUGGUUGGAGGUUCUCGCUGCUCUGGGAGAAUAGAGAUACUUCAUGCAAACACAAGGCAUUCAGUAUGUGACGCUGCCUUUGACCUGCAGGAUGCAGAGGUUGUGUGUAGAGAGCUGGACUGUGGGGCUCCUGUACAGGUGCUGGGAGCAGCUGCUUUUGACAAAGGAGACACUCAGAUGUGGACACAAGAGAUCCAGUGCAGAGGAAAUGAAUCUUACAUAUCUGUCUGUUCAACAUCAUCUUCUUUCAAACACAAUUGUACCCAUGAGAAUGCUGUAGGACUGUCAUGUUCUGGUUACACAGAUCUCAAAUUGGUAAAUGGUCCAGACUCCUGUUCUGGUCGAGUUGAACGUCAGUACUUCAUUAAAUUGGGCACAGUGUGUGAUGCAUGCUGGGAUAUGAGAGCUGCCAGUGUCCUCUGUAGACAGCUGAAUUGUGGGAUUGCUGUGUCUGUUGUGGGAUCAGACUGGUUUGGAGAGGGAAGUGGUGAAAUCUGGGCCGAUGUGUUUGAUUGUGACGGGAAUGAAACAAAACUCUCAGAAUGUUCCAUCUCUUCAUGGAGUCGAGCUGAAUGUUCUCAUAGACGAGAUGUUGGAGUCAUCUGCUCUAAUUCCUCUCUGUCUCUUCAUGAUGGUCUGGUGCGGUUGUCUGGAGAGAGACAGUGUGAGGGGGAGCUGGAAGUUUUCAUCCAUCAGGUCUGGAGGAGAGUUCUGCUGGACUCCUGGAGUCUCACUGAAUCCUCUGUGGUCUGCAGACAGCUGGGCUGUGGCUCUGUGCUGAACUUCUAUGGCUCCUCUUCAUCCAGUCCUGAACACAGUCAUGAGUGUGUGACGGGCUUCCAGUGCUCUGGGAGUGAAGCUCAUCUGGGGAACUGCAGCUCUCCACAAACUCUCAACUGCAGCUCCACACAACAGCUGUCAAUCACCUGCCUUGGUCGCGGGUCCAUCAGGCUGGUGGGUUCUGGGGGAGACUGUGCAGGGAGGCUGGAGGUUUUUCACAGCGGUUCAUGGGGGACAGUGUGUGAUGACUCCUGGGAUAUUAAAGAUGCCCAUGUGGUGUGCAGACAGCUGCAGUGUGGAGUGGCCCUCAGUAACCAGCAGGUACCAGCCUGGUUUGGUCCUGGUUCUGGACCCAUAUGGCUGGAUGAGGUGGAGUGUGAGGGGAAUGAGACGUCCCUGUGGAGCUGCUCUUCUCCAGGCUGGGGAAGACAUGACUGUAAUCACAAAGAGGAUGUAGGAGUCAUGUGCUCAGAGUUUAAAGAGAUCAGGUUAACUGAGGGCUGUGAAGGGAAUGUGGAGGUUUUCUACAAUGGAUCCUGGGGUAAUGUGUGCUGGAACCAGAUGGACAGAGACACAGUGAGUCUGAUCUGUCAAGAGCUGAACUGUGGAAGAUCUGGAGUUUUGUCUGAUUCAGUAUCAAGAGUGAAAUCAGCUCCUAACUGGCUGGAUAAAGUUACAUGUCGACCACAUGAUUCAAAUCUGUGGCAGUGUCCAUCUUUACCCUGGGGACAAAAUAUCUGCAAUGAAUAUGAAGUGGCUAAAAUCAUCUGCUCAGGUAGGAUGAUAUUUAAAUGACUUAAUAUGAUCUCAGUAGUCAUGUUUUUUUUAUAUCCUCAACAGAAACUGUGUUCAAAUCAUGUUCCUCUCAGACUGAGUGGAGGGGAGGGCCGGUGCUCUGGGAGGCUGGAGGUGUAUCAUAACGCUGUGUGGGGCUCAGUCUGUGAUGAUCAGUGGGACAUCAGCGAUGCUCAGGUGGUCUGCAGGCAGCUGGGUUGUGGAGCAGCACUGAGGGCUGAUGGGAAUUCAGUCUUUGGUGCUGGUGAAGGUGUUGUGUGGCUGAACAGAGUCGAGUGCAGAGGGAAUGAGAUUCACCUGUGGGACUGUCCUCUCUCCCUGAAAAACCACACUGACUGCUCCCACAAAGAGCACGCUGGACUCACCUGUGCAGAUGUGUCAGUGUCCACUACUCCUGCCACAGUAUCAGUUUCUCCUCCAGUUUCUCCUCCAGUGCGCUCAACAUCAGUCUCUCCUCCAAAAACUCCUCCAGCAGCGUCUCUCUCCGUCCCCCCAGUGCUUGUGAUUGUACUGGGAGUUGUGCUCUUACUGCUCUUAGUGCCACUGCUUAUACUGAUUCAGCAGAACAGAGUGAUGAGGAGAGCUCUCUCUAAGAGGAGACACAGGACGACGACUGAGGCCGUUUAUGAGGAGAUUCAGCACAGACACAAUCACUUCACUCAGAGGGGCAGUCUCAUCUCUGAAGAACUGCAUUCUGGGUAUGAAAAUACUGAUGAGCUUCUCUCAGAAGAGAUGGUGAAGGAAAUCACGCCAGGAUACUAUGAUGAUGUCAUCACUGAUGGACUGAAACCAGAUCGUGAGACAGUGGGCACACCAGAGCAUUAUGAUGAUGUCAUCAUUUUUGGACAGAACUUUAAAGGUUUAACAGGUGAGUCACACAGAACUGCUUUUUAUUAUCACCAGCCAUGUAUAUCAUUAUGUUAUAUAAUGAAUAUGCAUUUAAAAUAUCAAUGA